GCCGCUCCUCUCUGCCUCUCACAGUUUUCCAGAAGGACCAGCCACUGUCAGACUCCCUGCACACACUCACACACUCACACACACACCCACCCCGGCACGGACAGCUGUACAGCCGACCAACAACCAUGGCUGCACGGGACAGUUCCUUUCUGCUCAUCGGACUUCUGGUUCUCUUUCACACCUGGGGAGCGUGGGCUAAUGUGGAAGUGAACAUGGAGGACAGAGUGGAGGUGUACAGGGGAGAAAUGGCUCAGAUCGCCUGCAUGUUCACAUCGUCUGACGGUGUCGGCGGCAACGUCAUUCAGUGGUUCUACGUGACACGGACGGGUGAGAGGCAGAAAAUCUACUACCAGGACAGCACCAUAAAGGUUGUGGACAAAGGCACGCCGUUCACAGACCGGAUCAGUGUGAACGGUACCGGAGCCGACGGACAGAUCGUGUUGACGGUCAGCGACGUGCAGCUGGACGAUGAACUGGAGUUUAUCUGUGUCGUCAAAGCUCUGACGGAUGGGACUGGGGAGGGACGCACAAAGCUGAAGGUGUUCGAAACACCAGGUAGUCCCACUAUCGAGGGUGUGCAAACAGGGAUCUCCGUCCAUGAAGAAAACCCAUCCAAGAUUGGAACCUGUGAGGUCAAACAUGGCUACCCCAAGCCGAACAUUACGUGGUACAGAAACAAAACGCCCAUACACGCUGCUCAGGAUGUGGUGAAGGUGGUGCCGAGCAUCACCACUGAGUCCAGUGGCCUGUACUCAGUUAGGAGCGAGCUGAGCAUGAAGGUGAUGAAGGAGGACAAAGAUGACCUGUUCUACUGCGAGGUCACCUACUUUGUUCCCGGAGGAUUAAGGAUGACCGAAACCAGCUCCAUUAACAUCACUGUGUACUACCCCUCCACAGCUGUCAGUGUUUGGGUGGAGUCACCAAAGGGGGAAAUCAAGGAAGGGGACUCCAUUGAACUUCACUGCCAUGUCGACGGGAAUAAGCUAUUCUCAAUCAAUUCAAUCUCAAAUGAAGAUGGUUUUUCUUGGGACAACAAAACGGUGGUGCUGGAAAAUGUGUCCCGUCUGAACAGUGGAGUUUAUACAUGUACCUCUAUUGACACGGACACCUGGGAGGAGGUCUCGGGAAACACCACUGUGUUUGUCAACUAUCUGGAUCCAGCUGUCGUGAUACCUAAGGAUGGUGUGGAGUUGUCCAUGGGAGAGGAGCUGACGGCCACCUGUAACGCCCUCUCUUCUCUCCAGACACACACAGUCUGGUUUAAGAAUGGACAGAAGGUUUCAAUGGGCCACAGUUUGAACCUGAAGGAUGCUUCAUUUGACACAGCAGGGACGUACAAGUGCGUGGUGAAUGUUCCUGAGUUCGAAGGAAUGGAAACCAGCAACACACUUAAUGUUAACGUCAAUGGCCCACCAAAGAUCAUAGAACCAAAGUUCACAGAGUUCGAGAAGAGUUUUGAGGAUAUGGUGGAGCUGAGCUGUGAUGUCAAAGGUUACCCUGCUCCCACUGUCAUGUGGUCCACCUCUGACGGAAAGAUUCUUGAUGCAAAAUCGAAAACGGAUACAGAGGGCGUCCUUCAGAGUGUGGUCAGCAUCAAAGUCACCUCUGACUUUACAGCUUUCUGUAACGCCUCCAACGAUUUCGGCACGGACGCCGUGUCCUUCAACAUCACAGCCACUAAACACACUCCCACACCUGACACCACCACUACUAGCACUGCCGUUCCCACAGCUAUCAGAAUCAAGAAAGAGGGCAGUGGUGUUAUCAUUGCAGUCAUCAUAAUCUGCAUCCUGCUGCUGGCCAUCUUGGGUAGUGUGCUCUACUUCCUCUACAAAAAGGGCAAGCUUUGCGGCCGGUCUGGCAAGCAAGACCUCACCAAAGAGGUGUCCAGCAAAGAUAACAUCGUGGUGGAGAUGAAGAGCGACAACACGGAGGAAGCUGUGCUCCUCGGGGUCAACGGAGAAAAGCAGCCUCAAAACAACUAGUGAGGAGCGUACCUGGAUGAACAGAAGUGAGGAGGAAACUGCGGACACACACAGCUGCUCCAGUUCCUGCCUCUCAGGCUCAGAAUGGCCAAUGCUUCCCCCACAGCCCCUUAUUAGUCGUCAUGGUAAAGCUCAGUCUCCUGCUAGUAUAAAUGAUCACGAUGCACGACUGAGACUCAAAUUUUCUCCGAACUGCAACUUUAGCUUGACUGUCCUUUUAUCCAGCACAUUUCCUCUAGAAUAAGCUUUAAUGAGAAGAAGUGAUUUGAUCCCACCAUGACAAAACUCAAUUUCUAAAAUGACACCAAGAACUAUCCUAAGCCUAUAGUUCGUAUUACCACAAGCGUUGUAUAUUGCUGAUUGUCCGCAGAACAAGAUUUGGAGCACAACAUUGACCAGGGACUGUUUUUAUAUCCAACUAGGCAUCACCUCAGGCAAAGUAAUCACUGAAGAGCAGCGUGAAACAGGUCUUUAACAAGUGUACAUAUUAUAAUCUAUGUAUAUAUUUCUUUAUUUAAAAUGACAAUAUAGAGAAAAACAACCAAAAAUAAAUGACCAGAUAGCGUUUUAUUUUGUUUGGGUGCUGUUUAUGGACAGAAAUAAAGCUUAGGUUAGAUGUUUUGUUUUUAUUUUUGACUAUUUCUUUUUUUGUCUGUUUCCUGUCGCUUAAGUCUGCACACUGAAUUUUAUGGCGAUGCAAUGAUGCGUCCGCCUGCAGCCAGUUACAGCCUCACAACGUUUUUCCUUUUAUCUCUGAAAAAAACCUUUUAGGUCAUUUCAUUUUAUCACACAUCAUUCGCAUUUGUUGUUAGCUAACACACCACAGUUAUAGUAUUUUUAAAUAGAAGAUAUUUUUGUGAGACGGGUGCUUCAUUUAGUCUGUUUCUAGACCUAGAAGGGUUAACAUUAUUUGUAGUUUUAUGUUUUCUUUCCUUCAGUUUAGUUUUGUUAUUUUCUGUGUUGAAUCAUUAUCAACAGCCAAGUUGAAACUACAGAUGCCUUAGAAAUUCAACCAAAAGCCUUGUAUGAAUAUAAUUAGUAUUGUUAGUUUUAUUUAAUGUUCAGUGCACUGAUUUCUUUGUGUUUAUUCAUGCAGUCGUGUUUCCCGAAUGUGAAACAGUGGUUUUGUUUAGUGUGACUAUAGGUGAAUGAAAAGUAUUUCUGUCGCUAGUUAUUUUUUCGGUAAGGAUGAGGGUCGAACAGAUUUUUGGUCCAUAUAUAUGGUUCACAGCAUGAAGUUGCCCUCAUUAGGAAAAUACACGUUUCUGUUUAAUUAAGUAAUUCAUUCAUUUAUUGACUGAAACUUGAAAUAAUUAGUUGGCUUCCUAAGAGACACAGACCCCCCUCAGAUAUGACGACUAUAGCACAGUAUAUGACUUUCAGAGGAGGGGAUAAUGACUGACUCCACAUAUGCAAACUGAGUUUGCAGACAAUCAAACGCACUGUUUGGUAAUGUGCAGGUAUGGUCCAUACUUACCCUCCCUACCACCUGUUGGUCUGUUUUGUUCUGCUGUUUGUUAAGAACUACCACUGUUCAAUUGUUUUGGGUGUUAGAAUCCUGUUAAAUGCCCUUUAAUGCCUUGGAGUUCUGAAAUGUAAAAAUGAAUGUCAUUGAAUGACAUUCAAUUCAACAAAUUCAUUGUUUGUAGUUUUUGAAAAUUAUACCAAAUAAAGAUUGACUGUUAAACGAGAA